AUGGUAUCUACCCGCGCUAAAGCUAACGCCCCCUUGCUCGCCGCUACCGUCGCCGCCGGCACCAAUUCUAUGGUGCAGACCAUGGAUGCACUCUCACCACCUACCAUGGGACCUGGUGAGAUGGUGUCCGAUGAUAUGGAGGUGGAAAUUCACGAUUUGACCUCUCCGGUGGCCGAAAUGCGCGAUUUUGGCUCUGGCCGAUUUUCGCCUGCGCCCGCCGCUGCCUCCGCCGCCAACGGUUCAACGCCUAUGGAAAGUGAGGAUGCAGGCUCACCACCUACCACCGGACCCCCUGAGUUGAUUUCCGGGGAUAUGGACGUGGAAUUCCUUGAUUCGAUGGCUCCGCGGCCGCGGAAGCGCAUCCCCACGACACCGACCAAUUCGACUGCGACCGCCUCCACCAACGCCACCCCCACUUCCACGCCUAUGCAUAGUGCCCACAUCACCUCACCACCAUCGAAUGAACCCACCGAGGUCGCUACCGGCGACAGAAUGGCUGAAAUCCACGAUUUGGGCUCGCCGCUGGCCGCCAACGGUGAUUUUCGCCAGCUACAACCAUCACCCGAGGAUGUCGUCAGUACUGCGGACCGCCGCCGCCCUGCGCAAGCUCCAGCCACAUUACCUGUACGUGCUGUUGACCCUGGCUCACAUGGAGACAGUCAGCCGCGCGUGCAACCGCGCCCCCGUGGUUCUGCAGCUUCGGCUACAUCGGCUACACCGGCCCACCCAUCACCUCCGACCGAUCCAUGGGCCGCUUUUGCCUCCACGCGUGUCCAGGCAGCCAAGGCAUCCCGUGCGAAGGAUGUGGGGAUCCACCGUCCAUCCAUGGUCGACCUGGGACCUCUCCUGGCCAAGCAUGCUGCAGGCACCCUGGCCUUCCAUGACACGAUGCCUAUCCAGAAGCAUGACAAGCGUGAGGUCAUCGGGUGGCUCCACAUGGACACGGGCAUUCACACCAAGGCGAUCAACGAGGAUGCCGCCAUGGCGUCGCUGCUGCAUGACAACCAGUCGUUGGUCAAGGGUGACACGCUUGUCGACGUCAUCAAGUUGACACUGCUCUGCGUCAACUUCAAGGGACGACAUUGA